GCGCCCCUGACGAUUCCUGCAUCGGAGUUUUUUUUAAAUACUAAAACUCUCCGAGACCCCUUGCGAUUGAGCUGCUGCUGCAUGCCCUUAUCUCCACAUCCUGCUGAGGCCUGUCGAAGCUCAAGGAGAAAAUACGUUUAACAACAACGACGCGCCCUGUUUCAAGCUUCAAGAUAUCUAGCAAGACGUUACAAUGACUACUCAGAAAACCACUGUGGCGGUCAUAGGACUUGGAUCGGCUGGACUAGCAGCGCUCAAGAAUCUCACCGAGGAAGGCUUUGAGGUAACAGGCUUUGAACGUAACAGCUAUGUGGGAGGCUUGUGGCAAUAUACGGAAGAGGACAAGACCUCCGUACUGGAGACCACAACCGUGAAUAUUUCGAAAGAAAGGGGAUGUUUUACGGACUUUCCGUUUCCCCAAGAUGUCUCGUCCUUCCCCACUGGCGCACAAGUUGCGACAUACCUGACUACUUAUUGCGAACACUUCAAUUUGCAACCACGUAUUCGAUUGAACACUACAAUUCGUAGAUUCACCUAUGAUGACGAUCGCCAGAAAUGGGUUGUUGGAUUGGAGGGCGAGAGUGAAGAGUUCUUCGACAAGGUCGUAAUUGCAAUCGGAGGUGUCACCAGUCUUCCAAAUCUUCCGCUCAUUGAAGGGACAGAAAAGUUCGGCGGCGUAAGCGUACAUUCAAGAGCGUUCAAAAGACCUGGAAAUUUUAAAGGGAAGAGGGUUAUGGUCGUAGGGUUUGGGAAUACUGCAGUAGACACUGCGACGCAGUUGGCCGGGGUCGCAGAGAAAGUCUAUCUUGCGCACAGGCAUGGGGCACAUGUACUUCCUCACCUGGUCAAUGGGCGGCCAAUAGACCACACGCACACCCUGCGACUUUUCAGCAUACAAAACUUUAUCAUCGGUUACUUUCCCAAGCUUGGCUCCAUAAUCUUUGCUAAGCUAUUGAAAGACUUCCAGGAGAAAUGCUUCACAAUUCGACCAGAGUGGGGGUUUGAGCCUGCACAAGCCUCGCCAGUCGUCUCCGACAAUCUAGUACCUUGUCUCGAAAAAGGCACCAUAGACUCUGUCAAGGGCAUACGUCGCAUCCUCAGCGAAACACAGGUCGAGCUUGAAGAUGGGCGAAAGGUCGAUGUCGAUGCAAUCAUAUGGUGCACCGGCUACAAAUCCGACUUCAGCAUGCUCGAACCGCGUUUCGAUCCCACAACCCACUCCACACCCACAUGGUCCACAGCUAGCGGUUCCAAUGGCAAAUCGCUUGCGCGACUAUACCAUAAUAUCUUCUCGCUUGAGAAACCCGAUAGUCUCGCUUUCCUGGGUAAUGUGCAGAUUCCACUGGGCGGAUUCCAGGUCUUCGACAUGGCGAGUAUGGCCAUCGCACAGGUCUGGAAAGGCGCCACGAGUCUCCCCUCACUUUCAGUCAUGAACCAAGCUGUAGGUGAGCACCACGCCUGGCUUGCUGAUUGUGCACAACGCAGCACCAAUGUAUCGCCCGGCAUGGUAAACCCGGGGUCCUGGAUACACGCUAUGGACGAAAUGGCUGGUACAGGUGUCAAUGAGUAUCUUGGGUAUGGGUGGAAGGGUUGGAGCUUUUGGUUCCAGGAAAGGAAGUUUUGCGGAUUGCUGAUGGACGGGAUUUGGAGUCCGCACAUUCACCGUGUGUUCCAAGGGAAGAGAAAGUUAUGGAAUGGUGCAAGUGAUGCGAUUAAGGAAGUGAAUGAGUCUGCAACGGCAACGAAGGACAAGCAAAUGCCGUUCAAGGAUAAGAAGAAGCAAAUCUGAUUAAGGUGUCCGUAUGAUGGAUUGAAACAACACCUCCGUUAUUCAAUCAAGUAGUACCUGGUAAUGAUUACCGAAUAGUGUUGAUAGGGAGCCAUGACUUUCUGUGUAACCCGUCUGGAUGC